UGGGGUUUCACUAAUCUUUUCUUUCUUUUUUCACUUUAUUCAUGUUCUUUUUCUUCUUCUAAUUUUUUUUUUAAAAUUUAUUUUUGGUUAGGGUUUCACUUAAACAUUGCUAGAUGUCUACCUACUAAUCUGACUGCUCUUUGCUUGCCCUUUUCUUGCUUUGUGUUUAACACUGUGUGAGUGAAAGAGAAGACAAAUGAAUUAGGGAAAAAAUGUUGAGUAUGCUAUCUAUUUGUAAUUUUAAAUGAAAAGAUUGCCAUUCCUCAUAUCUUUAUUUGUUGGACCCUUUGCAGCUCUGUUAUUUUGCAUUUAUCAUUUCACUGUCUAAUUGAGAUGGCAUAUCAUCAUAAAUUAUUUUUUGGCAUAAGUAAAUUCGAUCAUCUGGUUGGAUGCAAGCCUUAUUCUCCCUCCCUUUCUCCCUGAAUUUUAUAUUAAAUUUUGCGACCUCAUAGAUACCUAAUGUGAAUGAUGAAUUUUCUGGGUUGUGGUAUUGCUUGGUGAUUGCUAAUAAGCUACAUAUUGUUACAGAACAAGAAGAUGCUUAAACCUACUCAAUAUUUGGUUACUCUUGUUAUUCUAAAUCAGACUUAUUCUUCCGAGCAGUCUUCUUCAAAUCCGUUUAUACCUUUCCUUAUAAAUGACCAUUCAAUUUUGAAACGGGAGAGACAAAGGGAAGCCUUCCCAAACUACAUUACUGGAUGUCAAAUAGCUGGUCCAAGGUUUCCAACAUCAUAUAUUUGGACUCUCCAGCUGGUGGUGGAUUUUCUUACUCAAGAAAUAAAUCCGAUUACAUUAACUACAUUUAUAGACUAACCAUUUGCUGUGCAAGUCUAAGCCAACCCUGCUGUAGAAGAUUACACAAAUCUCUAACAAUGGUAGCUCGACCAGACGCCCACACCUCACUUGAUUCAUUGUGGUCAUCUUCUUCAGGCAUAGAGUCUUCCCAACAUCGAGUCAUUACUGAAGGAAGAUUUAGGGAUGAUUUCACUUGGGAUUUUGUAUUCAUCUUUUACGGUUUUUUCUUUGGUUGCUGCAUUGGUGGUUCGAUUUCUAGGGUUGAAAAAUGCUCUUAUUCUUGGGACUACUGAGUAUUGGUUGUUCAUAGCAGUGAAUUUGAUACCAACAUGGUAAUUAGUUUCCCAUCAUAGAUAAAUUUCCUUAAUUUUGUUUAGGACAAACAUGAUAAUUAGUUCCUGUCAAUUUUUGCAAUUUAUACUAAAAACCGUGUUAGAUGUCAAAAGUUAAACACAUAUAUUAUUCCUAUUUGUUAAAUUUUAUGUUGCAUCUGGAUGGAGAAAUAGGUGGAUAAUGGGAAGCUUAUAUUAAUUUACUAUUUCUUUAUCGUAAGAAGAUUUACAAUUUUUUGUUGUCGAAAUUAUUAAUG